CUUCAGCCUUCUCGGCCAAGUUUACACGGCAUCGAAGUCUCUCCAACUCAACUUCGACCCGACCUAUUCUCAUCAUCAAUAAAACAACCACGACUUACACCGAUAUUUGCCACAUCCACCAAGAUGGAGCCCCGUGCGCGCGCCGGCAAGAAUGUCGGCAAGAUGAACUUUGGCCACAACGAGCUAGCGCAGCUGCUCUACGGCCACGGCGACGUGCGGGCGCCGCUCAACGAGACGGUGCGCGUGCUGGACGAGAUCCUGACCGAGUUCAUCCAGGGAGUGAGCUUCGAGGCGACACGGGCGGCACAACACGCGGGGCGGCAGAAGGUCAAGUUCGAGGACUUUGAGUUUGCUAUGCGGCGCAACCCGGACUACAUGGGCAAGAUCCAGGAGAUGUUCGAGAAGAAGAAGGAGAUCGAGGCCGCGCGCAAGGGGUUCAACAUCGAAGACCAACUGAUGAAGGAUACGGACAAGGAGGAGAAGGCCGCCGAGAAGGACCGCGACAGGGGCGGGCCGUCGAAGAGGGGCCGCAAGGCCAUGUCGCAGAUGCAGAUUGGGGAGGAGGACUUGGAGGAGGGGGAUGACGAGUUGGAGUUGGAGCUGGAGGGUGGAGCGCGAUGAGGUCGUCUCGUUGAUGGUUUUGUUGUUGGGGCUUUCUUUCCUUUGGUGUUUUAGAGGGGACUUUGGGUGCAUAGCAAUGGCGUCAAGUUGGGUUAUCGGGCUAGGUUAAUCACAGAUGAACACAUGGACGGCGUUUAUGGCGGCCCCUUUUACAUGAGGCAGACACAAUACUAUUACUCAUAGCAGCCAACA